AUGGAGGGCUUCGAGCGCGGAUCUUUCACAACUGCGCGAUCCCUCACGUAUGCUUACUACUCCUCGACGAACCCAGUCGAUGAUGACAAGCCCGCCGUCUUACUUCUCCAUGGCUUCCCUGAUAGUGCCCAGCUCUGGAGCGAGAUUGUUACCUACCUGACCGACCUCCCGUACCGGAUACUGGUACCAGACAUCCUUGGCCACGGCGGGACUUCAAAGCCCACAAAUGCCUCAGAAUACAAUUCCAAGUCCAUGGCAGACGACAUGGUCGAGCUUCUGGAUGCUGAGCAUAUCAAAAACGUCAUAGCCGUCGGCCACGACUGGGGCUCUUUCCUUGCCCAGCGGGUUUACCUAUGGCAUCCAGAUCGCGUUGCAGGCCUGAUCCUAUUGAAUGUUGCGUACAUGCCUCCAGACCAGGAGCACCGCUUCGACCUGGACACCAUCAUGGCCAUGUCGGAAGAAAUGUGUGGAUACCCGCAGCUGGCCUACUGGAAGCUGUUCACCGCUCCAGAUGGUGCAGAAACCAUUGGCGACCACCUUGAGAGUUUCUGGACCGUAAUGCACGGAGAUAAGGAAGAUUGGAUGAAGCGGAUGUUCUGCACUCGCGGUGCCAUGAGGGAGUACCUCCUUGCCGACGAGCGUGUUGAGCUCAAAUGGUAUGCGAAGGACCGCAAGUGGAGGGAGCCCUGGAUGGAAGUCGUGAAGCGAGACGGGCUCGCGGCUCCACUUAACUGGUACCAUGCCAUGAAAGACAACCAUCAAUUCGAGGCCGAGAAGGAGUUGCCAAAGCACCGGUUUCGCGUCAACGUGCCGGUGCUGUUUCUUGGGAGUACGAGGGACGCCGUGUGCUUGACGUCUGCCAUCAAGUUCCCGCAGGAGAAGGGGCUGUUGCCAGAUCUGGAGGUCAAGGAGAUUGAGAGCGGUCAUUGGGUGACGAUGGAGAAGCCUGAAGAGGUCGGACAAGCGAUACUAGGCUUCCUCAAGGCGAGGUUCUAG